CAUUAACUCUCAGGCUACACAAUAUGGAUCGUGGGAGGAUGAGUCGGGCAUCAGGCAGGCCGUCGGAGCUGACUGCUAUGAGGGUGCAAGACAGCAACAGGAUGAGCAUGGUGUACACAACGCCUCAGAGUAAACCAUCUUUUGGAAAGCUCAACAUACCCAAACCACAGUCUGUGACCUCUGAAAGGCGGACCAGCUUCUUUGGUCCUCGGACUAGUGGAGCUGGCGUGCGUCGCAACAGCACCAUGUCAGGGUUUGGAGGAACUGAGAAGAUCAAAGAUGCUCGACCUCUGCAUGAUAAAUCUUUUGUCCAGCAGUGUAUCAGACAACUGCAUGAGUUCUUGACAGAGCAGGGUUACCCUGGCACUUUGUCCGUCAAGACCCUGCAGUCUCCCUCUACCAAGGAGUUUGUGAAGAUGUUUGAGUUCAUCUACCGCCAGCUUGACCCAACAUUUGAGAUGCCAAAAUCAAAAGUAGAAGAGGAGGUCCCAGCUAUCCUGAAAGCCCUGAGGUAUCCAUUUGUUCUCUCCAAGUGUUCAAUGUAUUCUGUCGGAGCUCCUCAUACCUGGCCUCAAGCGCUGGGUGCCCUCAUGUGGCUGAUUGAUAAUGUCAAGAUCUACUGGGGUUCGAGUAAGCAGGAGCUACUGUUCAGUGACUUCUGUGAAGACAGUGACAACAUUGAGGAAGGGGCUGAAUAUAACAAGCUCUUCUUGGACUACACAACCGAGACGUACUGCAAGUUCAUGCAGGGUGAUGACACGUAUGACUAUGAGGAUGAAGUAUUCCUCAAUAAACUAAAGAAGCUUUACAAUGUAGACGAAGCCCUGUUGACCUCGAUGGCGGAGAAACACAGGAUACUAACUGAAGAGGUGGAACGACUGGAGAAGGAGAGCCAAACGGAUCGUUUAAUGACCAAGAGGAUGGAAAAGGUGAAGCUGCAGUCAGACCUCAAGAAGCUGCAGACUUAUCAUAGCAGUCUGGAUGUCUUCAAAGCCAACCUGGAGAGCAAAACCUCCGAACUGAAAGAUGAGCUGGACAACACAGUUAGUCAUCUUGAGUCUCUGAAACAUGAACGGGAUGAACUGCAGCACCUUCUGCAGAACCAGAAGUUUACUCCAGCUGAUGUAGAGAGGAUCAACAGAGAGAAGAGGGAGCUCCAGCAGACCAUCUCCACACUCAGCAAGUCUCUUGAAGAUACUGAACAACACAAGUGGAACGAAGAGAUUGCUCUGGCCAAAGGGAAAGAGAAGGCGGAGUUGAAGCUAGCAGAGUACCACAAACUGGCACGUAAACUGAAGCUGAUACCACUCUCUGCAGAGAACGCCUGUGGUCACGAUUUUGAGAUCAGGCCUUUUCAGUGUGGACCCAGCAGCAUGGUUCAGCAUAAAACACAGAUACAGAUGCUCCUGAGGAAACUGAACAGUGAUGUUGAGGAGGAGAAAAGUCGACUGACCAACGUGAAACUCAGUCUGGAGGAGUCUUGUGAACAGGUGAAUACUAAUAUCUUGGACAAGUCCAACGACUUGAAGCAACUGAGAGAGCAGAUUCGCAAGCUGGAUGACUGGCUGGGUUCUGACAUGCAGGAGCUAGCCCGAGAGGAACAGGACUGGGCAGAAGAGGUGGAGUCCGUGGAGAACCAUUGUAAACUUCUUGAGAAGAAUGUUAGUUAUGGUUACGAUGAGUCAGUACAACAGCUGAAGGCAACAGAACAACAGUACCACCUGGUGCUGCAGGAGACAAAGGAGAAGAGACGAAUAGUGGCUAACAACCUCGCAUCUGUAUGUACCACGGCGACUAACCACUUGUCGGUUACAGAGAAGUGCCUAGAGGAUCUUCACAGCAGGGUGCAGUCUCUUUGCGCCAAGGCUGUGGAAGAGGAUGAGGCGGCUGUACAGAAGCUGCGGGAAACUUUGAAGAGCUUCACAUGUAAGGAAAACCGUUUAUAAAGGAGCGACAAGAGGAUGAAACCUUCAAGUCUCUAGGCGAAGGAUCAUUUGAGGAGCAAUGGAAGUUGGCAGGAUUUCUCCUGUCAGUUGUGUUUUUAGUUUGUUUGUUUCCAUCUAUUAAAAAAAAAAAAAAAACGUACUACAUAUUCAUUUAU